UACCGCUCUCUGCCCAACUCUAGCAUCAGAACAACACCUGUAAACAUCAACUGGGAGGAUAUCCGCGACGUGUAAAAGUGAUAGAGCGGACAUUACAGUGACAACGAUGCCGGACAGACUAAAUCUCCGCUGAGAGGCUGCUCUACAAACUGUUUGAAAGUACAGGAUUGUCGCUGGAAGCGCUUUGCCAUGUCGCUACUGUGCGUUAGAGUGAAAAAAGCCAGGCUCCAAGGACCUCCAGACAAGUUCAACACUUAUGUGACGCUGAAGGUGCAGAAUGUCAAAAGCACUACUAUCACGGUGCGGGGGGACCAGCCCUGCUGGGAACAGGAUUUCAUGUUUGAGAUCAACCGGUUGGACCUCGGCCUCAUUGUUGAGGUGUGGAACAAAGGACUCAUCUGGGACACCAUGGUCGGGACCGCCUGGAUUCCUCUUAAGAGUGUCCAGCAUUCAGAAGAGGAGGGCUCUGGCGACUGGAUCUUAUUGGAUGCAGAGGUCCUGAUGAAGGCAGGUGAGAUAUAUGGCACGAAGAACCCAACACCUCAUCGGGUCCUGCUGGAUACUCGAUUCGAGCUACCUUUUGACAUCCCAGACGAUGAGGCGCAGUACUGGACUGGCAAACUGGAACGCUUAAAUACUCUGAGAAUCCAUGAUGAGUACCCUCUGCAGGAUGAUGUUCAGAGUCGCCCACUGCCAUUUGCACCUUCCCAGUGCUCUCUAGAUGACCAGGACAGUGCUGUAGAUGACCGUGAUAGUGACUACCGUAGUGAGACAAGUAACAGCCUACCUCCACGUUACCACACAACUGCUCAGCCCAACUCAUCCAUGCACCAGUAUCCCAUGGGCCAAAGGCAGAAGCACCACCCAGACUCCUGCACAGACUCCGUCCACAGUUUUGACCUUGACUACAGGGACCAGAGAGGAAACAGUCCAGUGGAAAGUAGUCGCUUUGGGUCUUCAGGAAAUCUGAGCCAGACCAGUUCCCAGCUUAGUGAGACUGGCCAGGAGAGCACCGGAGGGUCAGAAAUGGAGGAGUCCUUUCACUCCUUUCACAGUACUGGAUUUCACCCCUCCAGCAGCGAGCAGUCACGCACCAAUGGACAACUUCACACCAAUGGAAACUCCCUUGUUAGGGAGCAGGGACUAAAGAGGCUGACCCCUGAAGUGGGACGGGACCUGAAAAAUGACGCUCAGGAGAGACAGUCCUCCAUAUUUAAAAGGUUCCAUGAUGAUGGCCCGCCCCUACCCUUUUCUCCUUCGAGAGUCCGUUGGUUGAAGGCCAUUAAUAAAGUCAGAGUUCAGCUUAGGGAGGUUCGAGAUGAAGAACCAAAUGUCAGACAAGCUUGGGUCAAACCAGCUGGUGAAUCUGGUCUGUACGGGAUCGACAGCAUGCCAGACCUGCGUAAAAAGAAGCCAAUCGCCUUGGUCAGCGAUGUGGCUAUGUCUCUUGUUCAAGCACGGAAGGCGGGAAUCGCAUCUGCCAUGGCUGCACGGUCCUCGAUCAAGGAUGAGGAGCUGAAAAACCAUGUGUACAAGAAGACCCUGCAGGCACUUAUAUAUCCCAUAUCCUGCACUACACCUCACAACUUUGAGGUUUGGACUGCUACAACUCCCACAUACUGUUACGAGUGUGAGGGGCUGCUGUGGGGUAUAGCCCGCCAGGGCAUGCGUUGUGCUGAGUGCGGGGUGAAGUGCCAUGAAAAGUGCCAAGAGCUGCUGAAUGCUGACUGCCUACAGCGUGCUGCCGAGAAAAGCUCCAAGCAUGGAGCCGAGGACCGCACUCAAAAUAUUAUCAUGGCCAUGAAGGACAGGAUGAAAAUAAGGGAAAGAAACAAGCCAGAAAUAUUUGAACUCAUCAGAGAGGUGUUUGUCAUAAGCAAAGCAAUCCAUGCACAGCAGAUGAAGACCAUCAAGCAAAGUGUACUGGAUGGCACCUCAAAGUGGUCGGCCAAGAUCACCAUCACAGUGGUUUGUGCCCAAGGACUUCAGGCAAAAGACAAGACAGGAUCCAGUGAUCCAUACGUGACUGUUCAGGUGGGCAAGACCAAGAAGAGAACAAAGACCAUUUAUGGCAACCUCAAUCCUGUCUGGGAGGAGAAGUUUCAUUUUGAGUGCCACAAUUCCUCUGACCGAAUAAAAGUGCGUGUCUGGGACGAGGACGAUGAUAUCAAGUCAAGGGUGAAGCAGCGUUUGAAGAGGGAAUCUGAUGAUUUCCUGGGCCAAAGUAUUAUUGAAGUUCGAACACUGAGUGGAGAAAUGGACGUCUGGUACAACCUGGAGAAGAGGACUGACAAGUCAGCUGUGUCAGGUGCCAUUCGCCUCCAAAUCAAUGUAGAGAUUAAAGGAGAGGAGAAAGUGGCGGCAUACCAUGUGCAGUACACCUGCUUGCAUGAGAACCUGUUUCAUCACUGGACAGAUGUGCUCGGCCAAGGCGGGGUGAAAAUCCCAGAAGCACGUGGAGAUGAUGCAUGGAAGGUUUACUUCGAUGAUGUAGCUCAGGAAAUAGUGGACGAAUUUGCCAUGCGCUAUGGGAUUGAAUCAAUUUACCAAGCCAUGACGCACUUUGCCUGCCUCUCAUCCAAGUACAUGUGUCCUGGAGUUCCUGCAGUGAUGAGCACCCUGCUGGCUAACAUCAAUGCCUUCUACGCCCACACAACCGCCUCUACAAAUGUGUCCGCCUCAGACCGCUUUGCUGCCUCCAAUUUUGGGAAAGAGCGUUUUGUUAAGCUUUUGGACCAGCUACACAACUCUUUGCGCAUUGACCUCUCCACCUACAGGAAUCAUUUCCCUGCCAGCAGCAAAGACCGCCUUCAGGAUUUGAAAUCCACUGUUGACCUUCUAACAAGCAUCACCUUCUUUAGGAUGAAGGUUCAGGAGUUACAGUCUCCCCCCAGAGCUAGCCAGGUGGUGAGGGACUGUGUGAAGGCCUGCCUCAAUUCUACAUAUGACUACAUCUUCAACAACUGCCAUGAGCUGUACAGCAGACAGUACCAACCUAUUGACACAAGCAAGGAAGAGCUCCCACUGGAGGAUCAGGGUCCAAGUGUUAAAAACUUAGACUUCUGGCCCAAACUCAUAAUGCUCAUUGUCUCCAUCAUUGAAGAGGACAGAAACUCCUAUACACCUGUACUCAACCAAUUCCCUCAAGAACUGAGCGUAGGGAAGGUGUCAGCAGAGGUGAUGUGGACAUUGUUUGCUCAAGACAUGAAGUAUGCCAUGGAAGAGCAUGAGAAGCACAGACUGUGUAAGAGCACCGACUACAUGAACAUGCACUUCAAGAUCAAGUGGCUCUACAAUGAAUAUGUCAAGGAACUACCAAACUUUAAGGAGGUUGUUCCAGACUACCCAUCAUGGUUCCUUCAGUUUGUGCUCCAGUGGUUGGAGGAAAAUGAGGAUGUAUCUAUGGAGUUCAUGCAUGGAGCCCUCGAAAGAGACAAAAAAGAUGGAUUCCAACAGACAUCUGAGCAUGCUCUGUUCUCCUGCUCUGUGGUGGACAUCUUUACCCAGCUCAACCAGAGUUUUGAGAUCAUAAGGAAACUAGAAUGUCCUGAUCCAAAUGUCUUGGCUCAGUACAGCCGACGCUUCUCCAAGACUAUUGCCAAAGUUCUUCUUCAAUACAGUGCCAUUCUGACUAAAAGCUUCCCCUCUUAUAUUGACAAAGAGAAGAUUCCAUGUGUCCUGUUGAAUAAUGUGCAGCAGUUAAGAAUCCAGUUGGAGAAGAUGUUUGAGUCAAUGGGUGCCAAACAGAUGGAUUCUGAGGCCAGUGACAUACUGAACGACCUGCAGGUGAAACUGAACAAUGUGUUGGACGAGCUUAGCAGGACAUUUGGGAACAGUUUCCAGAUCCGGAUUAAUGAAUGUAUGCGACAGAUGUCUUCUCUGCUGUAUCAGAUCAAAGGGCCUCUCAACGCUAACACCAAAAACCAAGUGGACGCAGACUCGGACAACAUGCUCCGUCCACUGAUGGAUUUCCUGGAUGGAAAGCUGACACUGUUUGCCACUGUAUGUGAGAAGACUGUAUUAAAGCGUGUGCUGAAAGAGCUUUGGAGGAUUGUGAUGACCUGCCUGGAGAAGACCAUUGUUCUACCACAGGGCAAUGAUACCUUUGGUGCACAGAUUCUCUCAGCAGCCAAAGAACUGGGUCAGCUCUCAAAACUCAAGGAUCACAUGGCAGGGGAAGCUAAAAGCUUGUCCCCCAGGCAGUGUGCUGUCAUGGAUGUGGCACUGGACACAAUCAAGCAAUACUUCCAUGCAGGAGGCAGUGGGCUAAAGAAGGCGUACCUUGAAAAGAGUCCUGAGCUAUCCUCACUGCGCCAUGCUCUGUCCCUCUACACUCAAACAACUGACACACUCAUCAAGACCUUUGUGACUACCCAACAUGCACAAGUGCACAAUGGAAAGGGUAUUAGGUUCACUCCUAAUGAAAAAAUUCGGCCCAGCAGGGGCUCAGGUAUAGACAAGCCAAUAGGAGAGGUGGCAGUCCAGGUUGAGCUGCACAAUCCUGCAAAGGGAGAUCGAAAAGUCACUGCUAAAGUCAUCGAAGCUAAUGACUUAAAAUGGCAGACGUCUGGCAUGUUCCGACCCUUUGUGGAGAUCUCCAUGAUCGGGCCAAACCUCAGUGACAAGAAACGCAAAUUUCAGACCAAAUCCAAGAACAACAGCUGGUCUCCAAAGUUCAACGAGACUUUUCAUUUUGUUCUGGGGAACCAGGAUGGCUUUGAGUGCUAUGAGCUGCAAGUCUGUGUCAAAGAUUACUGCUUUGGCCGUGCUGACAGAGUUGUAGGCCUGACUGUGAUCAAAUUAAAAGAUGUCAAGGGCAACUGCGCGUGCUGGUGUCCACUGGGUCAACGCAUCCAAAUGGAUGACACUGGCCUUACCGCCAUGCGCAUCCUCUCCCAGCGCUCCAAUGAUGAUGUGGCCAAGGAGUUUGUAAGAUUAAAAUCAGAAACUCGUUCAGCUGAGGAGGGCAGAUGAGGAAAGCUGGAGGAGGAUGGAGGGGAACGCAGUGGACAGAGAUUCUUCCAGAUUCACCAUUAGAGAAAGGAUCUCAUGUGACAGUCCUGAUAAAAAGCAGGGUUUUCGGUCAAUGGCAAUGUCAACUCUUUUAUUAGAUCUUGAAGUGUCUUAGCUGCUGUCGACUGUUUGGUGUCUUCUUGCCAAGCUAAUUGCACACUGUCACAUUUAUCCUUGGGUUCUUUUUGGACCAACUCUCCCUUUCCGUGUCAUUGUACUUACAGAAAGCUACUGGACAGCAAUAAACCCACUUAGACAUUGGUUCACUCAGUGUUCACACUCACCGUCUCUGUCACUAGUCACCCCUUUAUACUUUUCACCCUCCAAUUUUAAACCAUCUCAUCAACAAUCUGACACCACAGAGGAUACCAGGCCACGCUGGACUGCCAAAAGACUUCCCAACCAUCCCCAGUGUGCUUGUGCAAUACCCCUGCCUGGCCCCUUCAAACCAUAACCCUGUUUUGAAAGCCUUACUCAGAAAACUGUGAAUGUGUGAAGUAUUUUCAAUGCUCUUUUCUGAAUCUCCCCAUGGAGGCUUGAGUAAAUGUGAAAAUUCUGUUUUGGAUGAAGGACUGGUAGUUAGGAGACAGUCUUGCUUGUAAAUUCAUAACUGUUGAUCUUGUGCAGACAAUGGUUCAGUAGAAGGUACUGAAAUCCUUAAUUGGAGCCCUUAAUUUAAAGGAUUGCUCAGUUCAAUGUGUGCCUUGCAAUUUUGCAUCAAUCACGUUUCCCAUUCACUCUACAGUGUAUGCUAAAAGUGAACUCUUUUUGGCCGUAUUUAUUUGUGAACUCCAUCAUCACCAACUCCUGGCUAAUGUGGCCUAGUAUAAAUAACCAUGUUGUAACUAUUUUAUUUAUUUGUUUUAUACAUAUUUAUUUUUCUCUGUGCUGUACAAGGACUCUGAUUUCCACUGGGAACAGGCUAGUGUCCGUCAGAAUUUGCACAGAUGUUGCUGUUGUACAUAUGAACUACAGCUUUACUAAGGAGUUUCUUUACUGGAUAAAAACACCAUUAGAAUAAAUCACAACCUGGCUUAUGCUUCAUAAAUUUUAACUUAGCUGGCAACCUAUUUCUUUGAAUGACAUCUGAGCUGUUUCCUAAAGAAAUAUUAAAUCAUUGUUAAACCUUCAGGUAAUGACAAUCUUUCCUUAAAGGAUGUGUGAACAUUUUCAUAUGAAAUUCUAAGUGGCUCACUUCAUAAGGAGAAUAGAAUUACUGAUGGUUUACACAUAUCUUCCUUCAUCAUUUUGUUCUACUGUCACAUGAAAAGCCUUACUUCAGAAAAAAAAACCCUGUAUUUUGUUUAGUUUUGGUGAAGAGAAUAAAUCACUACCUUCUCCUAAUGUUGAGUAUGUUUCCAAGUGAAGCUCCUUAUAUUUUGUACUCUUAACCUUUGAUAAUGUUGAUAACUUUAUAAGAAUAUAUAGGUUGGGUUUAAGUUGCCAUCUGUUAUAUCCGUGUCAUGUUUUUCUAAUGUUUUAUGAUUGUGUCCCUCAACCUUCUUUAAUCAUUUUUAAAUGAUGUUGAUCAGUGUGAUAUUGAAUAUAUUUCAGUUUUCCAGACAGGACUUUUUUUUACACUGAGAUGUGUGCCAGAAAUUUUGUUCAGGCAUGAUGGAAAUGACUUAAGUCUAUCUGUAAUGAAGGAUGGAUAUUGUAUGUUUUGUGAAAACCCCACAUUCUUAAGCCGAUCACUGUCUUGAAGAUAUGAAAAAAUCCUGGUCCUCUUAGUGAGAGCAUAUUAACCCUUAAUAAUAAAUAAUGGUUUUUUGUUUGUUUGUUUGUUUGUUUUUUUGUUUUUUAAAGGGGAGAUGUUUCAUAGCCAAUCUGUAAUAUAAACUAUCCUUGUGCCAAGUUGAAAAUGUUCACUUUUUUAUUUUUAAAUUUUCUAAACUGUUAACCCUUGCACCAAUACUGCUUAUUUACACUGUUAGCCAGUUAUUGAAACUUCAUUUUUGUGGUGUUUUCUUUACAUUGUCACUACUUUCAGAUGUUUUUUGUCACCAUGUAAACA